AUGAAGCUGAAGAUCAGUUCCCCACUCCCUUCUCCAGUUGGUUCUGAUUCUGAAAAUGAGAUCCCAAAGGAUUUCCCACAAACUCGUAUUCAUUCCGGAUUAGAUCCAAACUGUAGAUCUACUAUUCCUUUGUGCCCAAAAUCAUUUUCAAAGGUCAUGAAAAGCAUUGAUACCUUCAUUUUCGACGCUGAUGGUGUUCUGUGGUUGGGUGAAUCAGUGAUGCCAGGAUCUCCUCGUCUCAUUGACUAUCUGAAAUUGGCAAAACUCGGAUACAAUUCAUCCAAAAUGAACAAGAACAAUUUGGUGAAUCCCGCUGCAGUAGUUGCCGAUACAUUGCACAGAUCUGGAUUGGAUGGAAAACGAGUUUAUUUGAUUGGAGAACAAGGACUUCGUGAUGAAAUGGAUGAGUUGGGCAUCGAAUAUUUUGGACAUGGACCAGAAAAGAAACAAAAUGAAGAAGCGGGAAGUGGUGCAUUUAUGUAUGAUAUCAAAUUGGAGGAGAAUGUUGGAGCAGUUGUUGUUGGAUACGAAAAACAUUUCGACUAUACAAAAAUGAUGAAGGCUGCCAAUUACUUGAGAGAAGAAGGUGUCCUGUUCGUGGCCACAAACGAAGAUGAAACAUGCCCGGGACCAAAUCCAGAAGUCGUUAUUCCUGAUGCUGGACCAAUUGUGGCUGCAAUCAGAUGCGCAUCUGGAAGAGAUCCAUUAACAGUUGGAAAACCAUGUACUCCAGCAUUCAAUUAUAUCAAAAGAAAAUGGAAUAUCAAUCCUUCUAGAACUAUGAUGAUUGGUGACAGAACCAACACUGAUGUGAAAUUCGGAAGAGAUCAUGGAAUGAAGACACUAUUGGUGUUGUCUGGAUGCCAUCAAAUUGAAGAUAUCAUUGAGAAUCAGAUGAAUGAACGCGACGAUAUGGUUCCGGACUACGUCGCCCCUUGCCUUGGAGCUCUUGUUCCAAAAACCAAUCAAAUCUAUUAUUAA